CCGUCGCCGGUCGCCGGAGAUGCGCCGCGAGACGCUGCACCGGUGGCUUAGCCCAGCACGAGCGCUAGUGUCUAGCUGGAGACGCCGCCACCCUGGCGCACAACCGUACAGGGACGCAUCUGUGAACUGCAUCGAGGUGGAAGUGGGCAGUGAUUGCCAUGCCUGCAUACAUCACCAAACAACCGAGUUGUAGCCGAGCCGGUGGACGACUGCGUCGCGUGUUGGCUGUUGGCGUCGUGGUAUUGUUGACUGCGGCGUCGUUUGGGGCGAUGGUGGUGGCGGCGGGCGUCAUUGGACGUCCCGCACCUCGCCCUGCGGCGUCUGCAACAGCCCGGCUACCCACCGACGUGGCCGUAAUCAAGCCUGACGUUGUGGCCGCUUUCAUCACGGGGCGGGAUCGCCAGAUGUACCGGUUCAUCUUCGACUGGCUGGAGACGCCGACGUUCAGCUGCGGCGACCUGCGCGCCGUCGGCAGCGAGUCAGUCUGCUUCGACGCGCCGCUGGCGCCUGUCACCACCGGCUGCCUUGUCUACUCGGUCGGCGUCGGCGCCGACUGGAGCUUCGAGCGGCAGAUGGCGGCGCGCGGCUGCGAGGUGCACCUGUUCGAUCCGACGGCGCCGAUGCCGGAGGGCGCUGCCGCCGCCGGCAUCCGUUUUUACCCGUGGGAAGUGGCAUCGAAAUCGAUAUGGAUAGGUGAACGGCUUAGGCUGACCCUGGCCGACAUUAUGACAGAGCUCGGCCACACAGACCGCAGGAUCCAGUUCCUGAAGGUGCACGACGACAACGCGGCGAUGCGCUUGCUCUUGGACCAAAUGACCAGCUCCAAAAAUCGCUUCGUUCUAGACCAGGUCGACCAGAUUUCCAUCGCUCUGCGGCUGCCAAUCUACAUGCUGCAGCAUGACUUGCGGAUCAAUAUGGAGUAUGACUUGCUUGAGACGGCUCUUGGUCGCGCCGGUGAGGUAGGCAUCCGUUUGGUGCGCUCCACACCGUUUGACCAAGUACGGUACUGGUUCCCUGGCGUGGAGCGGGCCGUGCACAGUUCCUACCAUCUGCUGAUGGUGAGGACGGGCCGAGAUACGUUAGACCGCAUCGACCGCAACCAGAAAAAUUUUCGUUUGCUGCAAAGGACGUGGUCGUGAAAGGCGCGCGUAAUGACGAUGGGAGGUCACACUUGCAGAGGAGAAUGCACAAUACAC